AGCAGCGCCGACCGUCCCCGCCGGCCCGCUUCGGGUAAGCGCCUGUGCCGGACCCUCGCGAAUUCACUCUUUUCCGCGUUCGGGGCCCGUGUCUAUCGUCGCCCCCCCACCUCCCUCCACACCUUGGAUCAUGUUCAAGAAAUUCGAUGAAAAGGAAAAUGUGUCCAACUGCAUCCAGUUGAAAACCUCGGUUAUUAAGGGUAUCAAGAGCCAGUUGGUAGAGCAGUUUCCAGGCGUCGAGCCGUGGCUCCCUCAAAUCAUGCCCAGGAAGGACCCCGUGAAGAUCGUGCGGUGCCACGAGCACAUCGAGAUCCUGACCGUCAACGGGGAGUUACUGUUCUUCAGACAGAGAGAAGGGCCCUUCUACCCGACCCUCAGGCUGCUUCACAAGUAUCCAUUCAUCCUGCCGCGCCAGCAGGUGGAUAAAGGAGCCAUCAAAUUCGUCCUCAGUGGAGCCAACAUCAUGUGCCCGGGCCUGACCUCCCCUGGAGCCAGGCUCUACCCUGCUGCGGAAGACACGGUGGUUGCGAUCAUGGCGGAGGGGAAACAGCACGCGCUGUGUGUCGGCGUCAUGAAGAUGUCUGCGGAGGACAUUGGGAGAGUCAACAAAGGAAUCGGCAUCGAGAACAUCCAUUAUUUAAAUGACGGGCUGUGGCAUAUGAAGACGUACAAAUGAGCCGCCGAAGGAAUGCGCCGGGGCUAAAUGUGGACACUGUGCUGUAUCUGUGUUGGUGUCUGUGUGUGCUGGCAGGAAGGCACUGCCUCUGUGGUUAUGCUGAAUAAAUUCAACAGAUGCUAAAAAAAAAAAAAAAAAAAAAG